AUGAACGUGGCCAACCAACUCUCAAUGGACACACUCCUCGAACCACCCACGGGGUCGGUGCGUCCCUACCCGCACCCGCACCCGCACCACUGCACCGACCUCGCGCUGCAGAAGUACCUCCUCCUGCACGAGCAGCACGAAUCACUGCGCCAGCACCUCGACGAGCUGCGGCCGCCGACCCGCCAGAACUCGCUCUACACGCCCGUGUCGCCGAGCCCGGCGAGCUCCCCGACGCGCCGCUCCCUCUCGCCCGACACGGCGCGGCGCCAGCCGCCCCAACACAGCUUCUCGCUGCCCACGCGCAAGGGCUCCUACCCCAGCAGCAGCAGCAGUAGCGGCAGCCAACACCACGACCACCGCCACCAUAACCUCGAGGACGGUUCGUCGCCGCUGGCCGAGGUGGCGGUGGAGGAGGCCAAGCUGUGCGGCGUGACCGAGGGCAUGAAGCGGGCGCUGACCGAGCUGCUCAACUGCGAGCCGGUGCGCGGCGACAUGGCCUUCCGCACGUGGGUCCAGUGCCGGCUCAUGGACACGGAGCGGGAGCUGCGGAGCGGCAGGCGGCGCCGGAGCGCCCCCUCGUGCCCGUGA